CCUAGCUAUCCAAUGGACUUUAACUCAAUCAGGCUCUGAAACAGAAAAAACACACAGAACUAAGUGAUUAGAUGUUUUUACAGUGACCAUUUUUACAUCAGUUUGCAAUAAUGAGUGGGAAACCCCUUUUUGUGAACGUGGACAAAUGGAUUGCAGAGAAUGAAAAGGCUUUUUUGCCACCGGUGUGCAACAAACUCAUGUGAGUAGCAGCCUGGGCUAGUUUCAUUUACAGAUAGUUUCAGUUUUAGUUGCACACUCUGGUGUCGCUAGACUUGUAAUAACUCACUAAAUAUACUACAAAGGUUUUAUAUAUCAUACAUCAUAGAUUCUUCACAAAUCAUCUAUAAGCUUAUAUAAAGCAUUUGUAGUUAUUUUAAAAUGGGACCAUGUUAUUAUCAUGUUGAGCUGUAACAAGUACUGUUUACCCCCUGACUAUCUACACUAGUCCAAUAGUAAUCAUGUACACUAUGUUAGCAAAGAUUGACAAAGGUAAUGAAUUUGAGCAAAGUGAAUGCUUAUAUUUUAUUUCUCCGCUAGGCAUUUUUGUCAGCUGAACAUCAUGUUUGUUGGAGGUCCCAACACCAGAAAGGACUACCACAUUGAGGAAGGGGAGGAGGUGAGAGAAAAUGCCAGCGUUCACCUAUCACAUUGGCUAAAUACUGUGGAAAAUGAUUGAAUGAUGUUCCUGAGUUUGUGUGACCGUUCAUAGUGCUUGCAGAAAAUGGGUAUUCAAAUGACUACGAGAUAGAAUUCCUAUGUGAUGUCCCUAUCUGAAAGUAAGCAACUAAUGCAAGGACACUACCAUGCUAUUUAGUUAGCAGUCAGUCAGCCACAGUAGUACCUUUCCUGACCCAUGUGCCUGACCCUUAAGUGAUAAUGCCUGAGAAGAUGGUGUUUGGAGAAUAUAUUGGCACGGUUGUUGUUAGGCCCGAGAGGAAGUCGGGUAUAUCCUCCAAACAGGGCAUUAUCACUUUUAUACAUGCGUUUCCAACAUAUUCUAAUUAUGAUUGACAUAUUUUCAUAAAAAAAAGUUAUUUUGAUUAAUUUAUUCAUGCUAUUUCAUCUUUCCACAAGAUAUAGUCCAGACACAAAUCUAAGGUUGCUACCCAAGCAGGCUGGUCGUUCAUUCUAUUGGUUCGGUUGCCAGUCGUUUGUUCUAAAUGUUCCAUUGCCAUACUGUCACAUAAACUCAGUCAGUUCUUCCUACCGCAAUAGGGACAAAUUCCACAAGAAUGUCACCCUUUGGUCACCACUAUUUGAUCUGGCUAUUUGUCUAGUUGAAGCCCAAAGUAAAUCCCUGUUCAAGUGUUACUCUUUUUUAUCUUUGGUAGCAUGAGCAUGUACCACUUUAAACAAACUACAAUUUAUAAAGGCUUUAUAUAGCAUACACAAAGUCUUUGUAAGUACAACAUAUAUGCUUCACAAAUCAUCUAUAACCUUAUCUCAUACUGUAUAAACGGUGACAUAACAGCGCCCUAUGUAGGAUGCAUUGCCAAAUCUGACAUAACCCACUAUGUCGAUUUCCCCAAAAGCCGAAAAACCAAUGGGAAUAAGCAAAGGAUUGUAUUUGUAUUUUCAAUAACAUAGUCUAACCACUGGAGGUCAGCAUAAGCACAUUCAUAUCAUAGUGAGGACUAUUGGCUGUGAUGUGAAGCUGAAGAUAUCCUCCACAUCCUGUAUCUGUACAUUUUCUAGUCCGUAGUCAUUGCUUUUCACUGUCAUAUCCUCUCCUUGUCUUGUUUUGUGCAGCUCUUUUACCAGGUGAAAGGGGACAUGUGUCUGAAGUUGGUUGAGAAUGGCAAACAUAAGGAUGUGCAUAUCCGCGAGGGAGAGGUGAGAGGAUAGGCAUUAAUUUCAAGCUUCUCUCACUAAGCCCACUGUUUAACAUAAGUGACAGUGCCAUAUCAAGCUAUGCAGAUUUGUUACAUUCGUGUUUGUGUCAUACACACCCCAUGUCCUCCUGUGUCCUUCUGUGGUCCUCAGAUGUUUCUGCUUCCAGCUCGGAUCCCCCACUCCCCCCAGAGACUGGCUAACACUGUGGGGCUGGUGGUGGAGAGAAGGAGGCUUCAGUCAGAGAGAGACUGUUUAAGGUACCACCAUCCACCAUGUCUUCUUAUCCUUUACUUAUAUAAUAUCACUCUUCUUACACACUCUUCAUCCAUCUACGCGCCUCACGUCCCCUUCUGCUUGACCCCUUACAAGAGAGAGCAAGAAAAAGGCCGAGAGGGGUGAGAGAGAAAGAGUGUAUUAAAGCAUGGCUCUUUGUGGUUUUAGGUACUAUGUGGACAACACUUCAGACACCCUUUUUGAGAGAUGGUUUCACUGUGAAAACCUGGGGACCCAGCUGGUGCCAGUGAUUCAAGAGUGAGACUUAUAUCAUUGAUUUUAGUCUGGCAUUAAACAUAACACUUUCUAGUGAACAUUAGUGCUCAGCAGUGUUAUACUCAGCUGAUGCUUUGUUUCUCAGGUUUUUUGCGUCGGAGCAGCACAGAACAGGCAAGCCAAACCCAGGUGAGUCCCCAUCUCACAAAAUGACACAAUGGGAAGGGUGGGCUUCAAUAGGUUGAUAUCGGUUUGGCACUCUACUGACUGAAAAUGCAUUAUGUCCUGAUUUGCCCACCUUUGAUUUUUGUGUGGUUUUACAUCGGGUCCGUGGAUAUUUUGCUGUGCUGGUGUAUCCCACUACCCGAGAGCCCUGUUGGCCUAUGUCAAGGAUUGGUAACUUUGAUGGGGGUGAGGGCCACAAAAAAACGUAACUCGUCAUGAAGGGCUGCUGUGACUCGUGGGUCUGAGUACGCCAUGGGAAGGAGAGAAGAUUUUGCAAUUUUUUUACUCAUUUCAUGCAAUUCUACACAUUUUGCCAUAGGGUCGAGGCAAAUGUUAGCAGUUUUUAAUAUGAUAACUGAUGAUCAAUGGGCCCCACCCUGGUCGGUAAUUUGACCAUGCUUACUACAAGUUUACAUAGCUGGCCGCUAGACUAACUUACCAAUAAAAACAUUUUUUGCUAACAAAUUUCGAAAUUGCGCCUUGUGUAUUCUAUUAUUCUAACUCUCAAGAGUAAGUUGAGACCCCGAAUGAGUUCCCCCCCCCCCCCCCCCCCACAAAACAAUAAAAUAAUAAAAAGAAUAUUAAAACAAUAAUAUAUAUAUAUUUAUAUAUAUAUAUAUAUAUAUAUAUAUAUAUAUAUAUAUAUAUAUAUAUAUAUAUAUAUAUAUAUAUAUAUAUAUAUACAGUGCAAUCGGAAAGUAUUCGACCCCUUCCCUUUUUCCACAUUUUGUUACAUUACAGCCUUAUUCUAAAAUGGAUUUAAACAAAAGUUUUCCUCAUCAAUCUACACACAAUACCCAAUAAUGACAAAGCAAAAACUGGUUUUUAGAAAUUUGUGCAAAUGUAUAAAAAAUUAACAAACCUGGCACAAUCCCUACGGUGAAGCAUGGUGGUGGCAGCAUCAUGCUGUGGGGAUGUUUUUCAGCGGCAGGGACUAGGAGACUAGUCAGGAUCGAGGGAAAGACGAACGGAGCAAAGUACAGAGAGAUCCUUGAUGAAAACAUGCUGCAGAGCGCUCAGGACCUCAGACUGGGGCGAAGGUUCACCUUCCAACAGGACAACGACCCUAAGCACACAGCCAAGACAACGCAGGAGUGGCUUCGGGACUCUGAAUGUCCUUGAGUGGCCCAGCCAGAGCCCGGACUUAAACCCGAUCGAACAUCUCUGGAGAGACCUGGAAAUAGCUGUGCAGCAAUGCUCCCCAUCCAACCUGACAGAGCUUGAGAGGAUCUGCAGAGAAGAAUGGGAGAAACUCCCCAAAUACAGGUGUGCCAAGCUUGUAGCGUCAUACCCAAGAAGACUCGAGGCUAUAAUUGCUGCCAAAGCUGCUUCAACAAAGUACUGAGUAAAGGGUCUGAAUACUUAUUUAAAUGUGGUAUUUCAGUUUUUUAUUUAUAAUACAUUUGGAAAAAAUUCUAAAAACCUGUUUUUGCUUUGUCAUUAUGGGGUAUUGUGUGUAGAUUGAUGAGGAAAAAAACUAUUUAAUCCAUUUUAGAAUAAGGCUGCAACAUAACAAAAUAUGGAAAAAGUCAAGGGGUCUGAAUACUUUCCGAAUGCACCUGUAUAUAUACAUAUAUUUUUGUGUGUGUGUGAAAUUGGUCCGCAGGCCUACCAAAGGGGGCCUCCAGUUGCCCAUCCCUGGCAUAUGUUUUAUCAUUUUAUGUGCUAUCGUAGUGCAUACUGUUUUGCACUGUGAUGCAUUUCUGCCUCUGUUUGUCUAGAUGAGGUCUUCAGACAGCCUCCCUUCCCAAUGAACACCAUGCAUGUGAUGACCCCCUUCCACUUCAGAGACUGGGUGGACAAACAGCGGCCCUCCCUGGCCAGCGGACGCCCCAUUGACAUGUUUGGGGCCCAGUUUGAGACAGAGGUGACCCUGGAAUAUUCCAAUUAUGACUUAGCUAUUUGCUGAACUUACACAUCGAUUGAGACCUUUCAAAGCGAUCAGUCUAGACUGAGCACCCCACUGAUUCAAACUCAUGACUCGCUAAUAUUGAAAGUUGAAUACAUGUUGCUCAUUAGUGUGUUGAUUAUGUUGCUCAUUAUUGUAGUAGGAGCUAUAAUUCAAUUAGGACUGGUUUAUCAGUUUAGUGAGUGUAUAGAUGAUGAUGGUGGUGAUGAUGAUGAUGAUGAUGAUGAUGUUUCUUCUACCACUCUGUGACAGACCAUGCUGUAUGGGCCCGGGCAGACAGAGGCUUGUGAACGAGAAACUGAUGUCUGGAUAUGGCAGCAGGUAUGUCUCCUAUUACUACUCUAUUAGAGUAUUUGCAUUUCUGUCAAUUUAUCAUGCCUUCAGUAUUUCUUUCAAUUUGUGUUAUUUCUCGCUCUUCCUUUACAUCUACAGUGAGGGAAAAAAGUAUUUGAUCCCCUGCUGAUUUUUUAUGUUUGCCCACUGACAAAGAAAUGAUCAGUCUAUAAUUUUAACUGCAGAGGGGUCAAAUACUUAUUUCCCUCAUUAAAAUGCAAAUCAAUUCAUAACAUGACAUGCGUUUUUCUAGAUUUUGUUGUUGUUAUUCUGUCUACCAUUAAAAUUAUAGACUGAUCAUUUCUUUGUCAGUGGGCAAACGUACAAAAUCAGCAGGGGAUCAAAUACUUUUUUCCCUCACUGUAUCUGCUUCCCUCUGUCUAUUUGCACUUUGUCUCUCGCUCACCCUCUCUUCCUCUUUCAGGAGGGAUCCUCCCAUGUGACUCUGGAUGGCCAAGAGUUCCCUCUGUCCACAGGAGACAGUCUACUCAUUCCUGGACACAGCCAGUGAGUGGGAUGAUGAGUGUGAUAAUAAGAUAAGGAAAAAAAUUGCUUUUGAGGAAGGAAGUUAAAUUCAAGUAACACAAGAAAAAAGAAGUUAGGCAACUCAGAUACAGCAGAGGCUGUUAUUUUGUGGUUUGAUAGAGGAAUCUGUUUGACUUUGUGUUUGUCUGAUUCAUAUGCUGCAGGUACCAAUGGAGGCGGGCUGAGGGGAGCAUUUCCCUGUUUGUCGCUCAGAACCCAGAGAGGAAGCGUGCAUGACCUGUGACACACAAGGGAAAGGGGGGGGGCAGCACUGUUUUAGCUGUCCCAUAAUAUAUAUUUUUGGUGACAGUACUGUUUUUCUUCCGGAAUCACGAUGUAAAUAAACACCCUUACACAGAAGUACUUUUGCUGCUCCGCCAUCAUUUUAUUUGAUAGAGGUUAGGUUUUUC